UUACUUUUUCUAUUUUCUCAAGUAUGAACAGAACUGGACGACGACUUCUUAUAGUUUACAGGAAGCUUCCUCCUGAUAGCUCCACCUUCUUCACCACCACAAAUCUUACGUUUCAUAUAUAUUAUUCUGUCCAUCCUCCUUGUUUACAUCAUGUUCAUCUUUCGUUAUUACGCCUGUUUCCGGAGAAAAUUUGGGGGAAACUUGUCGAUUCUCAAGGGACUCUGGAACAAUCUGAUUCGCCUAGGAUUUCGUAAUUGGCUCAUCAGUUGAUGUAGACUUUGGAGGCUUAUCUAUCACUAUGAAGAAGGCCAACACUUGAGGACAUUGACAUGUGGAUAAGCAUGCAUAGCAAGGAAGCUUGAGGAGAAUAGUAGGAGUUGAUAGAAAGGGGAGAGUGGAAGCGAUCCGAUGAAGUUUCUUGAUCCGGAGGGUGGAUUUAUUCUACAGUGGAACAAAACUUUUUUAUUAUGUUCUGUGAUAGCACUGUCUUUGGACCCUCUGUUUUUAUACAUUCCUAUAGUUAAUGGCACUCAGAAGUGCCUUGACAUGGACAGAAAGUUGGCAAUUGUUGUUUGUGUCCUUCGUUCUUUUGCUGACAUAUUAUAUGUGGCUCACAUCAUUAUCAAGUUUCGAACUGCGUAUGUUCCUCGUUAUGAUCAUAUACUUGGACAAAGAAUAUUCAAAGAUGAACCUCAGUAUGUGGCAAAACGUUACCUAACAUCUUACUUCAUCAUCGAUGUGUUAGCAGCACUACCCCUUCCACAGUUUACAGUUUUGGUAAUCAUCCGAAAUUUAGAUGGGCCAACCAUGUUUUGGAAGGAAAAGCUUUUGAAAGUCAUUAUCUUCUCUCAAUAUGUCCCUCGAGUUAUACAGACUGCGUUGUUUUAUCAGAAAGUAACCAAAGUUUCUGGUUUUCUCAUCGAAAAAGCAUGGGCUGGAGCUGCUUUUAAUUUCUUUCUCUAUGUGCUUGCCAGCCAUGUAGUUGGAGCCCUUUGGUACUUUUUUGCAAUAGAAAGUGAACUGAGAUGCUGGCAUAUUGCAUGUAAAACACAUAACUGUCGCUCCAAGUACUUAUACUGUGGAGAAGGCCGUGUGGGAGAAUAUGGAUUCCUCAACACUUCAUGUCCUCUUCUUGAACGAAAUGAAAUGAAAGAUUCAACAAACUUUGAUUUUGGCAUAUUCCUUGAUGCUCUUCAGACUCAUGUAUUAGAAACGAGGGACGUUCACGAGAAAGUUUUGUAUUGUUCGUGGUGGGGUUUGCAAAGUCUAAGUUCUCUUGGUCAAGGCCUUAAAGCGAGCAAAUACUAUGGGGAGAUUCUUUUUGCUGACUUUAUUGCUGUCAUUGGGUUGGUUCUAUUUGCUUUGCUUAUUGGCAACAUGCAGAAAUACUUGCAGUCUUUCUCAAACCUGACUCUUAGAAUGGAGGAGAUGAAAGAAAAAAAGCGAGAAGCAGAGGAUCUAAUGUCACAUAUUUCCCUCCCUGAGGAGUUGAGGCAGCGAGUUAGGGUCUACAAGCAGUACAAAUGGAAAAUAACACGCGGUGUUGAGUUAGAUUCAUUUGUCAGAGACCUUCCUCGAGAUUUAAGAAAGGACAUAAAGCGUCAUCUUUGCUUGCAUUCAUUAAUGAGAGUACCAAUGUUUGAAGAAAUGGAUGAACAUUUGUUGGAUGCUAUGUGUGACCGUCUAAAACCAGUUCUUUACACCGAGAACAGCUACUUAGUGCGAGAAGGUGAUCCAGCACGUGAAAUGCUAUUCAUCACACGUGGCGAGGUACUAAGCAUAACAACCGAUGGUGGAAGGACUGGCUUCUUUAAUGCUAGCAAACUCAAGGGCGGUGACUUCUGUGGAGAAGAGCUUCUCACAUGGGCUUUGGCUCCUAAAAGUCAACAACUCCCGUUUUCAACUAGAACAGUCAAAGCACUUACAGAUGUUCAAGCUUUUGCUCUAGUGGCUGAUGAACUUGUGUUCGUUGCGUCCCAGUUUAGGCUUCAACAUAGGAGGCGUCUCCAACAUACUUUUAGGUUCUACUCACAGCAGUGGAGGACAUGGGCAGCCUGCUACAUACAGACUGCAUGGCGAAGACACUGUAAACGGAAGCAUGAAAGAAUAUUGGAUGCGGAAAAUAAGAGACUGCGGGAUGCUUUGGCCACCGGAAGUGAAACCUCCACCCUCAGCCUUGGUGGCUCUAUCUAUGCGUCUAGAUUUUCUUCCAAUGCUUUACAUAUCUUGAGACGGAAGCAUAUGUAUAACGCAGAAGUAUUGACACCUAAGCUGGAACGUAUGCUUCAGAAGCCACCUCAGCCUAAUUUUGAUGAUGAUGAAGCAAUUCUUACCUUCAGAUGAUGGACGUCAUAUGCGGAUCAAGAUAGAAUAGAUGAUUUAGGUCCAUUCAUUCAACAUUUUGUUUCUAUAGAAAACAAGUAAAUAUGCCUGGUGGUUAUGACUUGAACAUGAUAUCUUGCUAUUCAUUCUUCAGGGCAAUUCGGAUGUUCUUUAGGAUACAUGGAAAUAGUGGUUCUCAUAAUUUCGUUAA